AUGGCGCGCCAGGCGCGAGCCGGCGCACCAGUUGCGCUAGUGCUGCUCGCAUGCCUUGGCCAGCUCUGCUACGCAGCCCCGGCCUUUGAGCCGGCCAAGUGGAACCAGCACGAUAACUACUCGGCCGUCAGCGUGCCAUACAAGCUGCUGUUCCCGCCUCCUUCAGAGCCCCAGGGCGACCCGGGCGGCGAGGAUGCUGGCCCCUUGUUCCCCAUCCAGCCCAGGGCGGGGCAGUCGGAGCUUGAGCGCACAUGCGCGGGCCCAGACAGGGCGUUCGCCAAUGACGGGGAGGAGGCAAAGUCGGGCGCUUGCUGCAACAACUGCUACUGCUAUGCCGUCGACCGCGCCGGGACCGACGGAUGGUGCCUCCCAGGCCUGGGCGCCGGCCUCGGGGACCUCACAGGGCCCAUCACCUGCGCUGACCUGUCCGCCAGGGUGGCGGCCGACGGCGCCGUGGCCGUCCCAAAAGCGGAAGCCCUGUCCAGCGGCCUGCCCGCGGACGCGGACUCCCAUUACGUGGCGCUGCGGCUGCGCGCGGGGGCGUGGUGCGGCAGCGCGGCCGGCAGGAGGCAGAGCGGCUGCGGGCCGGACUUCCACCUGCUCAGGCAGGAUGCCAGCGGCCUGUGGAGCCACAAGAUUGUGGGUGUGAGGCGGCUGGAUAGCGGGUUCGAGUCGUUUAGGGGCUCCCUGCCCGCCACCGACCGCGACGCGCUGGGCCGCGUGAUCCCCGACCCCUCCCCCGGGGCCGCGCCGCUCCCCGGCGGCUUCGAGGAGCUCUGCGGCUUCUUCAGAGUGAAAAAGGGGACGAUGCGCGUCGGCACCCAGUGGUCGGAGGACGGGGUGUUCAGGGCGCUCGAGCGCUGGCGCCGCAGGGGCCUGACGGUGCUGGCGGCCCCGCUUCCGUACGACGCGGCGACGGAUGGGGUCGCGCCCCCGAAUGAUGAGGGCGGCGGGACGCCAUAG